AUGUCAUGGUGUGAGAAGCCCAACCGCGGCGCACUUGAUGUGACGUCACAAUUUUGUGGUGCAACACGAGAUCAGAAAAGAACACACAGUUUGGCGAUGAUGGAUCGAAAGAAAGCACAGAGAAGUAUCAGGCUAUAUACCAUGAACUCUAGGGGACCAGGUAUUGCAGGCAUGGUGCACAUACAUCAUUCAGUAAAGCCCUCUGUGCCUUGUCACCAUCUACUCGCAAAGCCCGCCUCGUCAUGUCUCGCCUCGCCAAAAAGAGACGUUGCUACGAACCGAGCAGACCACGAAUUGCACGACGGCAUCAUGCGGAAAGAUCUUAGGAAUCAAGCACCUUUUGGUGCUUCCGCUUAUGGCAUGCUGCGGACAGAGGAAUCCCUCGGAAAGGCGUCUGUCAAAUGGUGGGAGAACAUGGAAAUGACGACUGGUGGUAAUAUGUCUGCUCAGACAAAUACGACACAGUUGGGGGAUCCUAACCUGGCGGACUUGUUCUGCGGUGCCUCCGCAUGA